AUGGUAAACUUGGAGAUGUUGCUUGCGACAGAACCGCGUGCAACCGAAAACCGGAACGGCGUUGGAGUGGCCGACUUGCGCUGUGCUGGCUUUGCGGUCGAUGCUGGUUGGAUAAAUAAAUCACGGACUUUCUGUUCGAGCUUCAUUUCGUCCAGACUCUGCUGCGAGUCGUGGGAUUGCUCGUCGUUCAAUCCGUACACCACCUUUGGCUGUUGCCCGCGAAGUUUCAGUAAUGCAUGGUUGAUUGGGUUGUCUGAAUGGUGUUCGUCAGGUAAGGCGGCCAGUUCUGCGAUGGCGUUCACGGAAAGUCCCGGGUAUGGAAGCAGACACGAGCCAGAAAGAAAGAUGGAUGCUGUUUUGGUGUCGCUCUCGAAAUCGUCCUCGAAUGGUAGCGACCAUCCAAAGAAUGGGAGCUCGUAG